CUUUAAUCUUUUUAUUUUGGUGUUCUCGUCUCCCCCUUCCUCAUGUGUCCCCCCUCCUCAUGCAUCACCCUAAUGGUCAGCCAGGAGCUGCAGAUGUAGUGCUAGCAUGGCAGGGGCUGAGCACCACUGGAUCCAGCUGUGAGAGAGGAGAAGGUGAUUCCUCCCCAUCUGGGAUGUGUUGUAGGCACAUCAGCUGUUCAGACUCUUGUGCAUCCCAGUGGGAGACUGCAGAGCCCAGGGAGGUGUGCAGGCAGAGCUGAUCCCAAGUGCACUGGCCGGGCUGAUCCCGAGUGCACUGGCUGAGAUAAGAGAAAGAAUUCUCCCCUAAUGGCAUGGAAUUCCAGGACCGUGCACUGCUCCGGCAGGGAUGUAUCCUUAUGCUGAGGACUGCUUGUUGUCACCUGGCAGGAUCUUCUGAUGCUGUGAGCUUUUUGACUGAGACACCAUGAUUCCUGGUAACCGAAUGCUGAUGGUCAUUUUAUUAUGCCAAGUCCUGCUAGGAGGCACUAGCCAUGCUAGUCUGAUCCCUGAGACCGGAAAGAAGAAAGUGGCUGAGAUUCAGGGCCAGGCGGGUGGAAGAAGGUCCGCUCAGAGCAAUGAGCUCUUGCGGGACUUCGAGGCAACGCUGCUGCAGAUGUUUGGUCUCCGCAAACGGCCGCAACCCAGUAAGGAAGUGGUGGUGCCCGCAUAUAUGCGGGACUUGUACCGGCUACAGUCAGCAGAGGAAGAGGACGAGCUUCAGGAGAUCAACCUGGAAUAUCCCGAGAGACCUACCAGCCGUGCCAAUACCGUGAGGAGCUUCCACCAUGAAGAACAUUUGGAGAACACGGCAGAAAACGCCGGCAUCCGCUUUUACUUCAAUCUCAGCAGCAUUCCUGAGAAUGAGAUGAUUUCUUCAGCCGAGCUAAGACUUUAUAGAGAACAAAUUGAACAUGGCCCAGCAUGGGAGGAAGGCUUUCACAGAAUAAAUAUAUAUGAAGUCAUGAAGCCUCUGACAGCAAAUGGACAGAUGAUUACUAGGCUACUGGACACCAGACUAAUCCAUCACAAUGUGACUCGGUGGGAAAGUUUUGAUGUAAGCCCAGCAAUUAUGAGGUGGACCCAAGACAAGGAAAUUAACCAUGGGCUUGCUGUUGAGGUCAUUCAUCUCAACCAGACUAAAACCUAUCAGGGGAAGCAUGUCAGGAUUAGCCGAUCAUUAUUACCUCAAGAGAAUGCAGAAUGGUCACAGAUGAGGCCGCUUCUAAUCACAUUUAGCCAUGAUGGCAGGGGACAUGCACUGACCAGGAGGUCUAAAAGAAGUCCUAAACAGCAGAGAGCCCGGAAAAAAAACAAAAAUUGCCGGAGGCAUUCUCUGUACGUGGAUUUCAGCGACGUGGGCUGGAAUGAUUGGAUUGUGGCGCCACCUGGAUAUCAGGCUUUUUACUGCCACGGUGAUUGCCCAUUUCCCCUGGCUGACCAUCUGAACUCCACCAACCAUGCCAUUGUACAGACUCUGGUUAACUCUGUAAACUCAAGCAUUCCCAAAGCAUGCUGUGUUCCCACAGAACUGAGCGCCAUCUCCAUGCUCUACUUGGAUGAGUAUGACAAAGUUGUCCUUAAAAACUAUCAGGAGAUGGUGGUAGAGGGGUGCGGAUGCCGUUAACCUCAGAACACAGACUGUUAUCAGAUGGACUGCUCUAAAAAAAAAAAAAAAAAAAAAAAAACGAACUUUCACCUUGACCUUAUUUAUGUCUUUUAUGUGCAAAAUUGUUUUGACAAUAUGAUCAUAUAUUUUGACAAAAUAUAUUUAUAACGACAUAUUAAAAGAAAAAAAAUAAAAUAAGUCAUUAUUUAAAAAAAA